CCCUGGGCCGCCCCCAUGCAUCCCUUUUACCCCGGGGCUGCCACCAUGAUAGGCGACAUCGCGGCUGCGGUGUCCUUCAUCUCCAAGUUCCUCCGCACCAAGGGGCUCUCGAGCCAGCGACAGCUGCAGACCUUCAGCCAGAGCCUGCAAGCGCUGCUGGCAGAACCUCAUGAACAUCAGUGGUUCCCUGAAAAGCCCUGUAUUGGCAUCAACCAUAAAAUGGAUCCUCUGACUGGACAGGCAGCACCGCGGAUUGGACUGAGCAGUCAGGAGCCCUUCAGGCUUCUCCCAAGUGAACUCACACUCUGGGUUGACCCCUACCAAGUGUCCUACAGAAUUGGAGAGGAUGGCUCCAUCUGUGUGCUGUAUGAAGCCUCACCAGCAGGAGAUAGCACUCAAAACCGCACCAACGUGCAAAUGGUAGACAGCAGAAUCAGCUGUAAGGAGGAACUUCUCUUGGGCAGAACAAGCCCUUCCAAAAACUACAAUAUGAUGACUGUAUCCGGUUAAGAGAUAGUCUAUGGAUGGAUCAUCUUAUAAUGGAUGGAUGG